CACAAUAGACCAGAAAUCAAAUCUCUCCAAUUACACAAAGACCAACUCACCCAAAAUAUAAUUGGGCUUCUUAGUAAACCCUAAGCCCAUUAGAUCUACCUUUUAUAUAAACUCUUUGCUUCCGAGCUAGGGUUUCAGUCUGUUCAGCACACUCAAAUUCACUCGCCUCUCACUUCUCUCAACCUAGACCUAAAAACAACCAUGGCGGAAAGAGGCGGAGACAGGGGUGGUUUCGGGCGCGGAUUCGGUGGUCGCGGCCGUGGAGGAGACAGGGGAGGCCGUGGACGCGGCCGCCGCCCGCGCCGUGAGGCCGAGGAGGAAAAAUGGGUGCCCUGUACCAAGCUUGGCCGCUUGGUCAGGGACGGUAAGAUCAAAUCCCUCGAGCAAAUUUACCUCCACUCGCUCCCAAUCAAGGAGUACCAAAUCAUCGACCUCCUCGUGGGCCCGUCCCUCAAGGACGAGGUGAUGAAAAUCAUGCCGGUCCAGAAGCAGACCCGCGCUGGGCAGAGGACCAGGUUCAAGGCCUUCGUCGUUGUCGGAGAUAGCAACGGACAUGUCGGAUUGGGGGUGAAGUGCUCCAAGGAGGUGGCUACCGCUAUCCGCGGCGCCAUUAUAUUGGCUAAGCUGUCUGUGAUUCCGGUAAGGAGAGGUUACUGGGGUAACAAGAUUGGUAAGGUGCACACCGUUCCGUGUAAGGUUACUGGAAAGUGUGGUUCCGUUACUGUGCGGAUGGUGCCUGCUCCCCGUGGAUCAGGUAUCGUGGCUGCGCGUGUCCCAAAGAAGGUGCUCCAGUUUGCUGGAAUUGAUGAUGUGUUUACGUCUUCACGUGGAUCUACGAAAACUCUUGGAAACUUUGUGAAGGCAACUUUUGAUUGUCUUCUGAAAACUUAUGGCUUUUUAACUCCUGACUUUUGGAGGGAGACGAGAUUCACCAAAUCUCCAUUCCAAGAGUACACUGAUCUGUUGGCAAAGCCCACAUCAAAGAUUGUCCAUGUUGUGGAUGACGUUGAAGCUUGAGCGAUGUUUCGUGUUUUGUGAUAGAUUACUAUUUCAAAUUUUGUCUUUGAUGGAUUAUUAACUUUGUUGCAAAAUGUUAUUAUCCUGAAUUGGUUUAAAUACUUGUUUCUGUUGUUUAUCCAUGGAUUAUCUACUAUAAAUGUUUUGAUCUUCUUUCGUUUGUCA